UCUCAGUGACGCUUUUGCUGCUUCCGCGCCGCCAAACACCAGAGCUCCCCCGCUGCAGUGUACCGGUAACCUCGCCCCGUCCUCCAUUGGAAGCAGCAGUGACAUUUCGCCUCGUUCAAGUGGGGAAUAACUAGCGAGUGUCGGAUAUGUGGCGACUGUGCACGUGCCUCCUGAUGCUUAUUAAUUGCUCGGCAAUAACGGCAUAUGAAUGCAGUUCCACUCAGAUCAAGUGUGCGAACACCCGUUGCAUCACCCGCAGGUGGGUUUGUGAUGGCACCGACGACUGUGGCGAUGGAACCGACGAACUGCCAGAAACCUGCGAGGCCAGAAAGUGUCUAGAGUCAGAGUUUAGCUGUGGUGCCCCCCAGCAUAGGUGUGUACCGCAGAACUGGCACUGCGAUGGCAGCGCGGACUGUGAAAACGGCACGGACGAGGAAAACUGCAUGGCAAAGGAGUGCACGGCCCAACAGUUUCGCUGUGCUUCCGGCGAGUGCAUCUCCGCCAGCUUCGUGUGCGAUCACGACAACGACUGCCCGGAUAGCUCCGACGAAGCUUCCUGCCCGAAACCCACCUGUAGCCCGCUAACCUUCCAGUGUAACAACACGGCGUGCAUUUCCAAUAUCUGGCUCUGCGACGGCGACAAAGACUGCAGCGAUGGCUCGGACGAGUGGCCGGAGAACUGUGCCGACAAGCAGCCCCGCAAGGAGGUUGUGGCUUGUCGGGAGCACGAGUUCCAGUGUGCUGAUGGAGAGUGCAUUAACGGGGGCUGGCGCUGUGACGGGAGCGCCGAGUGUUACGAUCAGUCGGAUGAAGUCAACUGCACUCACCCCACCUGUUCCCCAGAUGAGUUCCAGUGUAGCGACGGCACUUGUAUCCACGGCAGCCGUCAGUGCGACAAAGUGCAUGAUUGCCCAGACUCCAGCGAUGAGAUCGACUGCCAAGCAGAAAACGUGUGCGAUGGCCCCGCUCAGUUCAAGUGUAGCAGCGGCGAGUGCAUCAGCAUGUCCAAGGUGUGCGACAAGCAGAGAGACUGUCGAGACAGUUCAGAUGAACCGGUCGGACAGUGCGAUCGCAAUGAGUGCUUGGUCGGGAAUGGCGGGUGCUCCCACGGUUGCAUCGAUCAGAAGCUCGGCUACAGCUGCUCCUGCCCUGUUGGGUACACAUUGAAGGCAGACAAAAGAGGUUGUGAAGACAUCGACGAAUGUGUAGACCCCGACAUUUGCAGUCAGAUUUGCAUCAACGAGCCCGGCAGCUACAAGUGUGAUUGUCAAGACGGCUAUGAGAUUGACCCUGUCAGCAAGAAGUGCAAAGCUGCUUCAGGCACCACGCCCACACUUUACUUCACCAAUAGGCAUGAUGUGAGGAAGGUGACGGUGGAUCGCAGUGAGUACAUGCGUGUGGUGAGCGGCCUGAAGAACGCCGUGGCUCUGGACAUGGACAUGGCAAACAAGAUCAUCUUCUGGUCCGACCUUUCGCUCAAGAAAAUCUUCAGCUCCGAAAUCGACGCGGCUGCCAACUCCUCCCAGCCCACUGUGGUCAUCGGCGAUGGGAUCGAGGCCCCGGAAGGCCUCGCCGUUGACUGGAUCCACGGCAACAUCUACUGGACCGACAGUUCUUUGCGGCACAUCUCCGUGGCGACAACAGACGGCCACAAGAGAAAGACACUGAUCGCCGACAAUCUUCAGAAGCCGAGAGCCAUCACGGUGGAUCCUGUGAACAACUUCAUGUACUGGACUGACUGGGGCGAGGAGGCGAAGAUAGAAAAGAGCGGCUUGAAUGGAGCCGACCGCGUUGCCUUGGUAACGGACAACAUUGCCUGGCCUAAUGGAAUCACCCUCGACCUUAUCAACCAGCGCCUCUACUGGGUAGAUUCCAAGAUACACACCCUGUCCAGCGUGGACGUGAACGGUGGGACCAGACAUACUCUCAUUCUCAGCGAAGAAAAGCUCUCGCAUCCCCUCUCUCUGGCUGUCUUUGAGGAUAAAGUAUUUUGGACGGAUACGGGCAACAAUGCUGUUUUCAGUGCCAACCGAGCGACGGGACGGGACAUUACAGUGCUGGCCGCUGACCUGUCCCAGCCAGAGGAUAUCGUCCUCUACCACAACCUCAAGCAACCAAGCGGUUACAACUGGUGCACAGAGAGGAACAGUAUAAAUGGAGGGUGUGAGUUCCUCUGCCUUCCUGCUCCUGUCAUCAACCAGCGCUCGCCGAAAUACACCUGCGCAUGCCCCGAUCACAUGAGCAUGGCGCCUGACAUGAGGAAAUGUGUGGCAGGUUCCGUAACGCUUCCAACCAUAAGCAACAAGAGUGAGCCAGGCAAGGCCAUUACAACAACAACAACAGCAACAACAACAACAACAACAAUGACGACGGCCAAAGCUGCUGAAACAACCAUGACUACCUCGCCCAUCCGCCCCAGGAAACCCAAGGUCUCCCCUGCAGCCCAGCCUUCUACUCCAGCUCAAGUCAACAGACACGCAGAUGUGCCUGCAGAGGCGCAGUCGUCUCACACCGCCGCUCUCUACAUCGCGAUUCCAAUCGUGGUCAUGAUCAUGUUGCUGUUUGGAGCGGUGUUAUUGUGGAGACACUGGCGACUGAGAAACACCAACACCAUGCACUUUAUCAACCCCGUUUACCAGAAGACCACCGAGGACGAGAUGCAAAUCCGCAGGAACUCUGAAGGCUAUGUCCAUCUUCAGCGGCAAAUGCUGAGUACGGAGGACAUUGACGUUGCAUGAUCCCAACAUGCCAAAGACAUUCACUUUGAUGGUUGGUUGGUUGGUUGCUGAUUUUCCAGCAUGAAAAUGAAGCCAUUUUUGUUUUUCUAGAAUUAUUUUAUCAUUGCUGUCACUUUGUUUGUGACCUCGGCGCAAUCCAAAGAAGCACUAGACAUUACAUGAAUGAAGAUGGAGGAUUGGGUGGGGCAUACCUGCCUGCAGUAUGCCACCAAGUCAAACCCUCAACAUGUCAUCAGAAUCAGAAUUUCAGAAGACAAAGCUCUUACUUGCACAUCUUUUCUUUUGUGCGUGUCUGAAUGUAAAGGAGGAAAAAAAAAGCCUUUUGCAACUUUUCCAUAGCAUAUUUAUUCCUGACUGCUGCCUUGUGCUACUGUAAACCGCCCAAUGAAAUUUUCAACACAUGAUUAUGUCCAACAAAAUGCAAUGUGUGUAAACUCACUGCUGGAGAAGAGGCACACAUUGGACAAUGAGGUGGAUACACAGAAAAUCAAUGCCAUCAUGCAGUGCAAAAAGAGUUCAACCAGAAACGGCAAACAAAAUGCACGCUGGCAUGUCAUUCUACAAUAUUUAUAAAACGUGUACUUAAGCAAGCUUUGUCGCGCCCCCGGCCUGCCCGUGGACACGCAGGCGGGCACACGUGUGCAGUGAACAUUUCAUAGACGAGGACUGGUUUACAGUUUGAGAUGGGACACGGCAUGCAGCUGACAUUAAAAACCAAUGCCGUGCCGAGUAUUUUUAACAACCGGGCGAAAUGGGAGCUGAACUGGCCGAGGAAAGAUUUGCGCGACUUCUCAAAACCUUCGCGAUCUGUGGCAAUCCAGGUGACGCUUGCGGGGCUGUACAAAAUGCCAGCGGGGUCCACGCUCAUAAAUUAGGCCAUUGAGGCACUUGAUUAUUCAUGCAAGGUACGACAUAUUAGUUCCAGGAUUGUCCACGUGUUUGUAGCUUACAAAUGAGCACCAUUUCUGGUACACCUCCUGUUCCACUCAUUCUCCAAAGUGUAGACCAUCGUGCGCUGAAUCAGUCACAUCAAAAGUGGAAUCUCACUCGGUCAACUUAAUUCAUCAGAUUGGCUGGAAACGAUAUGGCUUUGUUCUUUCAGGAUUCACACGAGAUGCAUUCAAUUUGAAUUCAAAUGAAUUACAUAAUGGACAAAAUAUUAACUUGAAACUGCUGCACGUGUACAUAUGUAAAGUAUCCCUUUCAGGUUUCGUUUACUUAGUAAAAGUAUGUUUGUCCUCUCUCCAGAGAGUGUUGCGCACAUUUUGUUUUGUGACGUGUUAUGGUCUCUUUGAAUGAAGCGUUGGCGGUUUACAUUCUAAAUGCUUAAGCUGCUAAUUUUCCUGUUAACCAAAAAUGAAGAAGCUGUUUCAAUUGAAGAUGUCAAAUGUGACUGUCGGUAAUAAUGAAAAAAAAAUGUAAAUAGUCUGGAAUUAUUUUAUUAAACACUCUGUUGCCUUUUCUGUGUGCGCUGAAAUCGGGAAAUAUUGAAAAUUCCUGAGGUUAUUUAUUAAUGGGGUGGAUAUUUGAAGGUUCCUGAAUGUGUGGUGUUGUGCUAAAUGCCCAUACCUAUUCAUACUUUGGACAUAUUUUGAGAUUUUAUUUGCGGAAAUUGGCUCUUGUGUAAAGAACAUGGUAAGGUGGGAGGAAAUAUUGAUCAUCACUCCGUAUUAAAAUUUAGCAUUGCCAUUGUCUUAUACAUACAAUAUAUCUCACACACACACACAUAUGUAUACUGUGUGUGUGUGUGUGUGUUAUAUAUUUCAACUUCUUAGUUAUUGUCACUGUGUGAAGUUUAAUUUUGAGGCAAAACUACACAUUUAAUGUUUCAACAAACUGAAACUUAAAAUGUGUCUGACAUGAAUACUUUGAGCUUACUUUUACAUCUUGGCUCCUAUAUAGUCAAACUAUACAUCUGUUAUUUCAUCUGUUCAUAACUGCGUCUUUUUAAGAGAAAGUGCUGCGUGCACAAAACCUUUUUGUUUUUGUUUUUUGAGUGAUGACAAUCACAAUUUGUUGUGGAUUGUUAGGUUGUUUUUUUUUUUUUUGACUGUGUUUUUCCACUGUGAAAAGUCAGGCACAUGUGCUAAGUUGUAAAGCAGAAUGUGUCAACUUGUCCAUAGUUUACAUUGCUUGUUGAUUACUAUUUUUCUUUGUCAGGUAGUGUUUGUCUUUUUUGAAACAAUUCAAGAAGUGUCACUGAAAUACACUUGUUGUGUGUGUGUUUGUUUGUUUGUUUUGGUUUUGCCAGAUAAAAUUUGUGCUAUAAAAGGUGUCAAAGCUUUUACUGCA